UUGUCGUCAUUGUGUUGCUCUGUUGUUGUUAUUAUUGUUAUUGUUUGAUAGAAUCUACCAUUCCAAAAGUGAAGUUAAUUAAUGAUCAAAUGAAGUAAGUGAAAAUUUCAAUUAUGUGACUAGCAUGUUUGGGCUAAGCUUAGAACUUACUUUUAAGUAAAUUUUAUAACCAAUUAACUUUUGGAAAAGUACGCCUAUUCUUACUUAACGAAAAACCGUUUUUAGCGCUUAGCCAAACAUGCUGCCAUCCGAAAAAAUUUAAGUAUUUUUUAUGGCUUACAUAUUUGGCACUAAUUAACUGUUUUUCAACCAUAAAAUCUUGAAAUGCACAUCUGAUUUGUGACAGUAUCCAUGGAUAUAUCAUGAAUCAUGGUUCCAAGAACUGAUGGAGGACAAGCAACUGAAUUUCAACCAACCGCUUCUAUCUGUGAGAAGAUUUUCACCAACAGUUGCCUCCGAAAAAGAAGAGAAACAUAAAACCGAAAAUACCCUUCACAGGAUACCGCGACUUCCACAUUACAGAUCAGAACUGAAAUCUGGCCCUGUGAGUAAUCCAGUAGCUGUGCCUUUUGUCUGGGAACAAAAACCCGGAAGACCAAAGGAAGAUAUCAAACCACAAACUCAGUACUCCGAUAGGCCUCCAGUUGCCCCAAAGCUUCCUCCUGGGAGAUCUCCAAAGGCUAACCAGCAAAAUUCUGAUAAAGAUUCUGCAACUGCUAGUGUAACUAAAAGCCAAUUGCAAAAUGUCACUCACGACGUACAGAGUGUUCCAUCUGUGCUUGAUAAAAACAAGAACAUUGAUAUCCUCCAAGAGACAAAAGAGGAUGAAGAGAGUUCUGAUUCAAGUGUUGGUGAAGAACCAUAUGUAGAUGCACUUGAUACACUUUCAAGAACUGAAUCGUUUUUCUUGAAUUGUAGUUUGAGUGGUUUAAGUGGAUUUGAUGAUCUUGAAAUGAAACCUUCUGGAAGGUUUUCCACUGAUCCACAAAUGCAGGAGUUCAUGAUGGGUCGGUUUCUCCCUGCAGCUAAGGCAAUGGCUUCAGAAAUGCCUGAAUAUGUUCCCAAAAAGAAACCUGUAGUUCGAGAAAAACCAAGGCAGAUAAAGAAAAAAGCAAUAGGAGAUAAGCCUCUGUUGCGAUAUGGUCCUAGUUUUGCAAAUCAAUAUUCCCACAAAUAUCACAAUAAUGAUGGUGAUGAUAAUGAAGAAAGUGAUGAUGAUUAUCAUCAAGGUGAUAAUUUGCCAGCAGUUUGUGGGUUGCUACCUCGGUUUUGCUAUAAGAGUUCACUCUGCCUUUUAAAUCCUGUACCCGCAAUGAGUGUGAGGACCCGAGUACCAAGGUCUCCUGCUAGUAGAAUGCAAGCGAGAUCUUCAUCAGCUUGUUCUUUCAGUCGAACAGAGAAUGAGCAGUCCAAUUCUCUCACUUCUGAGAGAAAAUCUGCUGAUGAAGUCCAAACAGAUGCCAUCGAGGAUAAAACAAGUUUGAGAAAUCAGCUUAAUUCAAAUCAUCGGCAGAGACUGAAUCUAAAAGGAUCAUCUCUACGUGGGCCACUAGAUGGACAUAAUACGUCUAUCUAUUUUGUUGAAUCACCUCAAUCCAUUCGUGAUGAGAAAGGUUUCUUUGCCAUUCCUGAAGAAACAAAGGGCUGCAAAACAUUUCAAGAAGUAUCGUCUGAUCAGGGCAGUUCAAAGGAAUUAGAUUCAGGAAAUCCGGUCGAGAAAACUUUGUAUGUAGAUACUAUACAGCAGGUGGAAUCUCCAAGAACUAGAUUUUGUUUGUCACAUAAGCAAGGAAUGGAGCGAAUGCCUGGUUCAGGAGACAAAGAUUACGACAUUGCUAAGUCCAAAGAUCAACAUAAAUUGGAUAAUGCAGACAAAGGAGCAAAAUUACUGCCUGAGGCUCAGAAAUCUAAUGACUUUAUUGUAGUAUCUUCAGUCAAUAAAUCAAAUCAAAAAGAGGGAAUGGAGGCAAUAAAUGCUUUUGGACAUGAUCAAGAAGUUUACCGGAAUUCAAAUACUGCCAAAAAUUUAAAUGUAAAUGAAAAGGAAGCUACUGAGAGCUUACAAAAGCGUUCAGCAGAAGCAGAAAAUUUAGAGAAUUCUCAUCAAAGCCACUUGCAGUUUCCUGUUCCUCCACCUUUACCGAAAUCUCCAUCAGAUUCUUGGCUUUUCCGUACUUUGCCUUCCAUUUGCACAAAGAAUUCAUUUCAACGUUCAUACAUUGGCACAAUAACAAAUUCUCAAAACUGGGGACUUAAGGCACAAUCCGGAGAUCCCAAAUCGGAACAAUGGUUAAAACUAAAAAGUUGACUCCUAUUCCUGAAACAUUGAAGAACCAUUCCUGAGGCUCUUCGGUUCAUAUUCAGCUUUAUAUUUGGAAAUCCAUUAGCUUAAUGGACUUGUAAGAUGACAAAAAGCUGCAACUUUUUCUUGUUUUCUACAGUUUUCUGGAGUUGCUUUGUUAUCCUAGAGGGCAAUGAGUUUCUGUAUAGAUUCAUUGUUAGGCUUUGGGUUAUUUUCUUCUGUACAGUUGUACAUCUCUAUAGAGAAACACGAGACUAAACUUAAUAUACAGAUGAUGAAAGAAAGGCACGUUAGUAAUUUGGACUGGAUAUGAUUAAGGAUGAUGACAUGCACGUGAGAUUUUUUU